AUGAAUAAACUAAUCGUCCUUUUAAUCCUUUCGUGUUACUACUUUAUAUGGUUACUUCUGCCGAUUUUCGACCUAGAUUGUGAGCUCUGGCUUUUUCCUCUUCCUAGCUCACUAGCUGUGAUUUUGCCCAUCAUACUUCUCAUAAUAGGAACACUUUUAGUAGGAACAUUUUUAGGCGUCCUUCUAUUGACGGGAUAG